CCUCCUCCUCCUCCUCCUCCUCCUUCUCCUCCUCCUUUUCCUCCCCCUCGCCGAUCAUUGGAGCCUUCUGGAAUCCGCGGCCUUCGCGUCCAGGCCCUUUUUACGUCGCAGCGCGGCAACGGCAGUCCGCUCGCGCGUCCUGGCAGCCCGGGCUGCGGGUGAUGCGAAUGGCCCGCAUGCAAGGGGAGGGGAAAGUCGGAAGUGAUGAAGAGAAGGCCUCCUCCUUCUCAUUUCACCCCCUCGCCUGCCGCCGAGCAAGGCCGAUGCGGCGGCCGCAGAGGCAGGAAGAGGGAAAGGAGGGCGCACUUGCGCGGCGAGGCCGCGGGGGGGCGCGCGGGGCGGCCAAGCCCGGCGGAGCUUUUAACACCACGCCCCACAGAGGCCAGCAGAAGUCUGCGGACGUGCGGCAGGCUCGUGCCGCGACGACCCCGGCGCUGGCGCCCGAGGCAGCGGCAUUCGUGCAGCCUCGACCGAGCGACCGUUUCCUAAACGCCAAACCUUGCCACAUCGACCAAUUCUGGGUCGCCGGCGGCGUUCCACGCCGAGCGCCGGCGGCGGGGUCGCAGCGUCGCGAGUGGCGCGUGCGUGCGCGCGGGGUCUGGUUUUUGUGUGAGGCUGCCCAUGCCUCGCAGGUGCCAGAAUUGUUUUCAGUAGUUUCUGCUGGUCCACACCGUUUGAUGUUGGCUCUGAUCUGGGUCAUGGUUGGACAUGUGCAUACAUAUCUGCUCCAGGUAUCAGGCGUCAAGCAUGUAUGCGAUUGUGACCGUCCAGACAGCGUGACGCAGUGACGCGGGUUCUGCACAUACUCAGCCGUUCAACAUGCCUAUGACCGCACGGCAUAUGGAUAGGCACAGUGGAGCAUGGUGACCUGGAAAUAUCCGUCGGGCGUACACUUGUGAGUGCGUAACGAUUUGGGUUAGCAUGUCCAUCGGUCUAUCAGUAUCCCC